AAAUUACAGACCGUAUUUGCAAAACAAUGUUGAAGGAGGAAGCAUAGUGUUGUUCAGGUUCACAUAGUUCCCAGUUACGAUUUGGGUGCCGCAUUUUUUCGCCCUUGGAACUCCGAUUCCAACUCCAUCAUCACAAUGAAUUAGAGUUCUCUUGACUCAAUCAAACCAGCAAAGGUCAUCAUAGAAAAGGACCGAUGUGCUUCUGAUGCUACAAUGUUGUCUAAGAUUGAUCGUACCAAGAAGAAGAAACAUAAGGAAAAUAUGCUUCAUGUUCUGGCUGGUGCUAGUGCACGGUUAACACAACUAGAAACCAGAACCCACCAUCUUGAAAAUUCUGUGGAGAAUUUGAAGGUAUCGGUUGGAAAUAAUCAUGGUAGCACUGAUGGAAAAUUGAGGCAGCUGGCGAAUAUUCUUGGAGAGGUUUUUAGUGCAUCUUUAUUGAGUCCAGUGGACCCAGUUGGGACCCUGUUAUUACUGAACUGAGCUACAAGGAUUGAUAGUUGACAUCCUAAAACUAAGUAGGCCUUUUCUAGACAGGCUGAAGAUGUCUCUUCACGGGAUCUGAAACCAAUGCAACUUACUGAUGAGGCAUUUCCAGGUGGUCCUGAAGAUGUCUCUUCACAAGAUCUGAAGCCAAUGCAACUUACUGAUGAAGCGUUUCCAGGUGGUCCUCAAGACUUGUCCUUGCUUAGAUCCUUUAGGAACCAUGUUGCCACACGCCUAUGGAUAGGAGAGGACCGUCACGAGUUGAAGGUGGUUAAUCAUGGGCGAAAAGUCACGGACUUCCAUUUGGAGAAUGAGCAUGUGAAGGCCAUAGUGGAGAUGUCUGGGCUGGCGCCCCUUCUAGAGGCAUGCUACCGCAUAGUGGACAAGGGUCUCUUGUCUGCUUUUGCUGAGCGAUGGCACAAGGACACCAGUUCCUUUCAUCUCCCAGUUGGGGAGAUGACCAUCACUCUAGAUGAUGUGUCAUCUCUCUUACAUUUACCGAUCUCUGGGGAUUUGUGUUCAUUUCCAUCCUUUGGUGCAGAUGAGGCUUGUUUAUACUUGGUGGAGCUACUUGGGGCCACCAAGGAAGAGGCAGUCAGAGAGACGAAAUUCACUCGAGGAGCACAUGUGCGAUUCAGGUGGUUGCAGGAUUUGUAUGAGGCAAACAUCGAAGAUGGACACUUCGACUAUGCAGCGAGGGCUUUUUUGUUGCAUUUGGUGGGUUGCACCAUCUUUGCUGACAAGAGUGCCACAUAUGCUGAUGUGGCAUUGUUAGAGCUUUUUCGUGACCUUAAGACAUGUGGCAAGUAUGCGUGGGGUGCCUCUGCCUUGGCAUACAUGUAUGAUCAACUCAAUGAUGCUAGUAUGCAUCAUACAAAGCAGAUGGCAGGUUAUAUGACUCUUUUACAGGCAUGGAUUUUUGAGCAUUUUCCGGCCAUUGGCUCUCGCCAAUUGACAAUUGGAUAUAAAGAGCGUGCACCCCGUGCCUGUCAGUGGACACCUAUAAGGGGUGCAGGUGACGUGUUCACAAUUCGAACUGCGCUGGAUAUGUUGCAAACGAAGGAUAUCUUGUGGAUGCCAUACACGGUUCAUAGAGAGCAUAGGCCUUUUCAUGACAUCUCACUCUUCUCAGGAUACAUUAGAUGUGGUUCCUCAGCAUUUCCUCUGAGAGCCCAUACUGGUCAUUCUUGUUCGGUAAGUGUGUGUAUGUGUACACUCUUUUAUGCUAAUCCUUAAUUCCUUUUGUAGGAACGGUUUGAGAGGAUUUCUGAACUACUUCAAUCCAUGCUUGAUCUGAAGAUGGUCACGCUUGGAACAUCAUGCAGGAGGCAUUAAACAUCUCGCGGCCUAACACUCAGACAGAUUGUACAUAUCAAAAGAAGAGGAAGACACGUAGAUGAUAUCAAAAAA